GCAAUCGGGAGGAGGCUGUAGCGAGGCCAGAAAGGCUGCGUAACCAAGCAGGGGAGGGGGCCCGGGAUUGGGGGGCAGCCAGGGAUCGCGUCUGACAUGCUGCUGGGGUCGUGACCGUGCGGGUACCGAGGCAGGACCUGGCCGAACCCAGCAAGGAGGCCUCGACUUCGUUGGGCCUAAUUUCCAGAAGCCGGAUAGGCCUCACCGGGGGCUCCUUUCUUUGCGGCCGCCCCGGGUUCCUACCCCCUAACCGGGAGAUGGCCUCCCCGAGCCCCCCGCCUGAGCCAAAGGGGUUGCUGACAUUUGAGGAUGUGGCUGUGUUUUUUACCCAGGAGGAGUGGGAUUAUCUGGACCCAGCUCAGAGAAGCCUGUAUAAAGAUGUCAUGAUGGAGAAUUAUGGAAACCUGGUCUCACUGGAUGUCUUAAAUAGAGAUAAAGAUGAGGAGCCAACUGUGAAACAAGAAAUUGAAGAAAUUGAAGACGAAAUGGAACCACAGGGUGUAAUAGUUACAAGAAUCAAAAGUGAAAUUGACCAGGAUCCCAUGGGUGGAGAAAACUUUGAACUUGUUGGUAGGUUAGACAAACAGAGAGGGAUCUUCUUAUGGGAAAUUCCGAGGGAAUCUUUGACCCAGGAACAGAGAAUGUUUAGAGGAAACACUAAUAUUAUCCGCAAGAGACCAAUCUCAGAAGAGAAAUGCCAUAAAUGUGAAGAAUGUGGGAAGGGUUUUGUGCGCAAGGCCCAUUUCAUACAACAUCAAAGAGUCCAUACUGGUGAGAAACCUUUUCAGUGCAAUGAAUGUGGGAAAAGUUUUAGUCGGAGUUCAUUUGUUAUUGAACAUCAGAGAAUUCACACUGGGGAAAGGCCCUAUGAGUGUAAUUACUGUGGAAAAACCUUUAGUGUGAGCUCAACCCUUAUUAGACAUCAGAGAAUCCACACUGGAGAAAGACCCUAUCAGUGUAAUCAGUGUAAACAGAGCUUCAGCCAGAGAAGGAGCCUUGUUAAACAUCAAAGGAUUCACACAGGUGAGAAACCCCAUAAAUGUAGUGACUGUGGGAAAGCCUUCAGUUGGAAGUCACACCUUAUUGAACAUCAAAGAACUCACACUGGUGAGAAACCCUAUCACUGUAUGAAAUGUAAGAAAAGCUUUAGUCGAAAUUCAUUGCUCGUUGAACACCAGAGAAUUCACACUGGUGAAAGACCCCAUAAAUGUGGUGAAUGUGGGAAAGCCUUUAGAUUAAGUACAUACCUUAUACAACACCAAAAAAUACACACUGGUGAGAAGCCUUUUCUUUGUAUUGAAUGUGGAAAAAGCUUUAGUCGGAGCUCAUUCCUUAUUGAACAUCAGAGGAUCCAUACUGGUGAGAGACCUUAUCAGUGCAAAGAGUGUGGGAAAAGUUUCAGUCAGCUUUGCAACCUUACUCGUCAUCAGAGAAUUCAUACGGGAGACAAACCCCAUAAAUGUGAGGAAUGUGGAAAAGCCUUCAGUAGAAGCUCAGGUCUUAUUCAACAUCAGAGAAUCCACACUAGGGAGAAGACUUAUCCAUACAAUGAAACUAAGGAAAGUUUUGAUCCAAAUUGUAGUCUUGUUAUACAGCAGGAGGUCUACCCUAAGGAAAAAUCUUAUAAAUGUGAUGAAUGUGGUAAAACUUUUAGUGUUAGUGCUCAUCUUGUACAGCAUCAAAGAAUUCACACUGGUGAAAAGCCCUACCUGUGUACUGUUUGUGGGAAAAGCUUCAGUCGAAGCUCAUUUCUUAUUGAACAUCAGAGAAUCCACACUGGUGAGAGACCCUAUCUGUGCAGACAGUGUGGCAAAAGCUUCAGUCAGCUUUGUAAUCUUAUUCGCCAUCAGGGUGUUCACACAGGUAAUAAGCCCCAUAAAUGUGAUGAAUGUGGAAAGGCCUUUAGCCGAAACUCAGGUCUUAUUCAGCAUCAGAGGAUACACACAGGAGAGAAACCUUAUAAGUGUGAGAAGUGUGACAAAAGUUUCAGUCAACAGCGCAGCCUUGUCAACCAUCAGAAGAUCCAUGCAGAGGUGAAAACCCAAGAAACCCAUGAAUGUGAUGCUUGUGGUGAAGCCUUCAAUUGCCGCAUUUCUCUUAUUCAGCAUCAAAAAUUGCAUACUGCAUGGAUGCAAUAAAUGUAAAGACAUGUAAGCUCAAUUUGAUUUGAGAUUGGCUACCCAAGUGCUGUUUUAGUAUGACUCAACAUGGGUCAGAUUUAAUGAUAAAGCAAAUUCUCCUUGGACUCAGGCAAAAGGUUUCUAAAGAUUCUGUGACUAGCAAACAACUGCCCAUGGGCAAUUGACUUCCACUAUCUGUUUUUUAUGAUAAUAGAGAAGGACCUCGUAGUUUAUCUAAGCGUCUUUCUUUAACAUAUUUUUCAGCAAAGAGAUUAAACCUAGGUUCAGAGCAUGUGGGAGGUGCUCUGAAAGACAAACUUGAAUUAUUAUAAAGGAACUGAGAGCAGCUGAUGUUAGAACACUGAGAAUAAUGAUUCGGAGAGUCCUCUGUCAUCAUCUCAGAUGGUGGUUCUUUCACAUCCAUGAUAUAUUUGGCUGUGCAUGCCAAAGCCUAGUGAUUAAGCAUAUGUAAGUUGUCAAGGAGACAAAGCCCUUUUUGAAACCAGUAUGCAAAGUUUUUGUCAUUGUUUAAGAAAGCCAGUUAUCUGGCAUGUGAGUUAAACAAAGGCAGUUUCUCAAUGUCUUUGGUUCCCAGAUUUAUGAAAUGAGUGGACCAUUCACUUUACAUGUAAAGAUUAUGUGAGCAAUUAACAAGCCUGGCAAAGGUGUUACCAAGGAACCUUUGGGAGUGCCUUUUUUUCCCCCCAAGAUGGGCCCAAAAAGAUGGAGGGAGAUACUGUUCUUUUGUGCCCUCCCAUCUGUGAAAGAUGUUUGUAAUCCUGUAUGAAUAAGCUUAUUACUCCACAACCAGGAGCAUGUGAAAGUGUACAUAUUUUGAUUAUCAAGAAUUGGAAAUAAAAGACUUGGAGUCUAUGCUAGGAGGCUGAGAUAUUUUGGUAUUGCAUUGGUUUUUUACGGUAACUAGAUUUUGCAUGCAAUUUUAAAAUCCUUAUUUCUGUUUCUAGGGCUUCCCUUAGUUAAUGGUUAUUAUAAACCUAUUCAUCUGUUUAAAUCAUUAAAACCUGUUUUGUUUUUU